CCAUGGGCUUAGCAACCGGGUUACCCUCAUAACCCGAUUGGGAGGAGACUGGAGGGCCGAGAGAUCGCAGAGAACCCGAACGCAGAACUGAGAAGUCGCUGUCGCAAGGGGGGCGUGUUCGUGAAUCGCGCGAAUGGCUACCGUUUGACGUCGGGCCCAUUUCAUUUCUCCGGCCAAGGCUUAAAACGCUCUGUCGCACGUCAGUCCGCAAGCCUCCAACGCGGGAGAAGCAGUCGAUCUUCUAUUCGAUUUCGGCUUAAAACCGUUUUAUUCUUCAGGUUAAGUGCAUUCAAUCUUGUGGUUGUUGGUCCGAAUCAGAUGGUGCAAGCAAAUGAAUUCUAAGUGAGAUUUGGCCAUUCAGUGCUGAGCCAUUAUGGAGUCAAAGAGACUCCAUGCAAGUUGUUCUAGGAACAUUGGCAAUGAUAGUGUAAACAAGUUAAAGAUGGUUACUCGGAGAGAGAUUCUUGCCAAGAAGAAAGCCAUUCAAGAACUCAUUAAAGCAGCAUAUGUUGUGAAGGACCAUAUUGCUUUUUCCCCCUUGUUUCACCAUUAUGACAGAAAUGGUCUGUCUGUGAAUUUGGAAUCUGGGCGUGGAGAUAAAUUGUCCGUUACUGUUAAGAACUACAUUCAAAAUCUCCUCAAGCAAAACAUGGAAGGACAUUAUGGUUCUGAGUGGCUAGUGGAAGAAAAGGUGAAGCGCAGAGAAAUGGUUGCUCCAGAAGCACGUUAUAUAUUUGUGCAGGAGGGCAUUGCCAACACAAAUUUUAAUAAGAAGACAAUGGAGUUAAUUGCAGGAAAAACUUCAACUAGUUGUUUAGAAAAUAAUGGCCCCUUGGUUGGAUUUGUACAUUACAGAUUUAUUGUGGAAGAAGACAUGCCUGUGCUCUAUGUGUAUGAAUUACAGCUUGAGCCUCGUGUCCAGGGAAAAGGACUUGGAAAGUUUUUAAUGCAACUAAUUGAGCUAAUAGCCCACAAGAACCGUAUGGGUGCUGUCAUGCUAACUGUUCAGAAAGAAAACUUGUUUGCUAUGAAUUUCUAUAUAAAUAAGAUGAGAUAUAACAUAUCAACUAUGUCACCAUCAAAAGUUAAUCCAAUGAUAGGGAUUGAGAGCAGUUAUGAAAUUCUUUGCAAAACAUUUAAUGAGGAAGCUAAAACUACAUUGGAGGAUCCAGGAUGAAUUGAAGGAAGUUAUUUAUCAUGUUCGUCGUUAUAACCUUUCAACUGUAUGAGUAAUUGAAAUUACUUGUUCUCACUAUCAUGUGAUGAUGUGAAUCUGUUGAAUUCUUGUAUGUUGCUUUCGUCUCCUUAGUGUUAGUGAAGAACACGAGGUUGAUGGAGGACGUAUUAGUGCUGAAACUCUGAAGUCGUCCAUUUUAUUGGUAUCCCAUCACCUGAAUGUGGAAAUCUUUUAUACAUUGACAUGAUUUUAGCUGUAUUUUUGCACGGUUUUCUGUGUAGCCUCAUAUUUGGAAAAAAAAACAAAAAACGAAGAACAUUGGUGAUAUGCUAAUUAUUUUUUCAUGAA